AUCAGGAGCACAUGAUGUGCGAAGAGGUGGCACGUUUGCGCCUACGGACAGGCAACCGGUCCGACAGAUCUGCUAGUAUAGGUUGCCUGCUUCAAGGGGCUAAUUUUCUGUACGUUUUGUUCAUGUUACCUGUGCGACGAGGUGGCACGAGAAAUACAUGGUACGUAUCGAAAUUCUGAGGAAAUUUUACAUUUUACAUGAUACUCAAAGAAGUAGCAUAACUUUUAAUUAUAUAUCGAUACUUACCUCUCUUAUCAGGAGAACGUAAUGAGCGAGUAGGUAUCAUAAUUUUUAUUUUCUGCUCGAUACUUACCUCUUUUAUCAGGAGAACGUAAUAAGCGAAUAGGUAUCAUAAUUUUUAUUUUCUGCUCGAUACUUACCUCUUGUAUCAGGAGAACUUAAUAUGCGAGUUGGUAUUAUAAUUUUUAUUUUUUGUUUGAAACUUACCUUUUGUAUGGGGAGAUCAUGAUGAACGAAGAGGUGGCACUAAUCGAAUUUGGCUCGAAUUUUACUUCUGAUAUUAUAAGAACAUGAUAUUCGAAGAGCUGGAAUAAGUUUUAAUUCUAGCUCGAAACGUACCUUUUGUAUCAGAGUCACAUGAACAAAGAGGGAGAUCGAAGGAAGUUUGAUUUCUUCUAUCUCUGGGUCUCCAGUCGCAGCAACCUCCACGUGGUGAGACCUGGUAAUCGGUAUUAUUCGUGACGAACAAUGCCGCAAACUUCUAAUAAGAUCUUUAGUUAUAAAUAGUGCAAAGUGUAAAGUGUAAUCUGCAAAAGUGUAAAGUGCAAACGUGUAAAGUGUAAAGUCAAAAGUGUAAAGUCAAAAGUGUAAAAUAUAAAGUGUAAAGUAAAAUUAGCUUUAGAUUAGCAGGGACAACAUUCAGGAGCCGUAGCUGGAUUAGUGGUCCGCAGUGGGGAUGGUUUCUGUGCAUUUAUCGUUAUAAAAAUUUGUGCGUAUAAAAUUUUACUCUAAUAACAAAAAAAUGUUCCGUUACAACUGGGUCUUAGUGCGUCAUGAAGCAAUGAAGGGGUUUUCUGAGAAAAAAAAUAUCCUGUCCGCGGAAAAUCGUUAAGUGUGGUACAGCAGGUGGCGGUUCGCGAUCAGUUAGUUUAGUUAGUUAGAUUUUCAAUCUCUCCAACUCUUGCGUGUUCGUGAAGUCUGUAAAUUUUUAACGGACAAAUUGAGUACAAGAGUGUUAGUGUUCGUGAGUAUAAUAUUAGGGAAAAUUUAAAAAAAAUGGAUAAUGAACCGCAAGCGUCCACGUCAGGAAUCAUCGAGGAAAAAAAGAGGACAUUAUAUUUUGUUCCUUACUGGGAUCCAAUGGUACCCUAAAUUCUAAGCAAUCCGUAAUUAUGUUUGAGUUACCAGCAGAAUUAACAACCAAGCCAUUAGCUCUCAUUGGCUUGACUGGCUUAGAUAUUACAAAUCCUGUACAUCGUUCAAUUUGGGAUGCAUUCAGUAAUAAUCGUAGAUUGGAAGUUUCUGCUAUUCAAUUUACAUUACUUAACCUUACACAUGAAUUUCCUACAGUAAAACCCAAGCGUAACUCAUAUGAAUGGUAUAUACCCAAAGGAAUAUUGAAACGUAAUUGGAUGAAUAAAUACCUUAAUGAAGUUCCAGCAGUUGUGGUUGUAUUUUAUGAUUUAGAUUGGAAUGAUCCUCAAUGGAAUGAGAAAAAAAUGGAAUGCGCUUCUAGAGUACAAACACUUAGAAAUGCUUUGGAAGGCAGAAGUACAAAAAUAGCUGUUGUACUCAUACAGCAUUGUACACAACCACCACCAGGUUCAGAAGAUGCUUUAGCAACUGAACGUGGUACGGCUGUUUGUGGAGCUUGUGAACUACCUCCAAAAUUAUUAUAUAUUUUACCUCAUGGAGAUCACUUAUUAGGAUAUACAUCUAGAUUAGAAAGUGCAUUAUACGACCUAGCACAGAGCUUUUAUCAUCACGAGUAUCGUAUUGUAAAAGGACAUAGAGAUCAACUUAAUAAAACUGUACAUCAACACCUAUUUGUACGUCAUCAGUUUAAAAUGGCAUUUUUAAAUGAACUUAAACAGGAUCAAAAUGUGGCUAGAAGGCACUAUGAGCAAGCAUAUAAUAAUCUGUUGGAGAUAAAAAUGACUGACACAAAUGCAAUGGAAGUUAAAACUAUUGUUAGUUUCAUAAACUAUAAAUUAUGUAAAAUAAUGUUCAAUUUAAAUGUUCCGAAAGAAGCUAUAUCACAAUUCAGACUUUAUACCGAUAGAUUCAAAUUGAAGACUGGUCUAAAGGAGCUUAUGUUUGAACAUCAUGCAUGGAUGUGUAGUCAAUUUUCUACAUUCGCAGAAUUAUUUGAUGGCGCUAUUCGGCAGGGACUUCCCGCCGUUCAAACCCAGCAUCCCGGAUAUUACUUUCAAUCAGCGGCUCAACACGCAAGCUUGAGGCAAACAGCUUGCAAAGAACUCUGUCAGAAUGUUGACAGUUAUCCAGAACCAGACCCUUUAGCUGGAGAAGACAAACUUGAAUUUUAUGGACAACGACCAUGGCGACCUGGAAAAUUAAGCGCUGAACCCACGGAUCCAGUGAAAGAAGCCAUUGCUAUACAGGCUUUGCAGUACAAAGAAAAGCAUACGGUCGAUCAUUCCAAAAUAAUUAUUGGGCUUUUAGGACAUGCAAUUUCACAAUUCAAAGUGUAUAGAUGUCCAAGGAUGAGAAGAGUAUUAGUGGUACAAAUGGCCGAGGAAUAUUAUAAUUCAAAGGAUUACGGAAAAGUUCUUACAUUAUUGAUGCACAUGUUGUGGGAAUAUCACGGUGAACGGUGGCCCGUUUUAAUCACAAAUAUCUUAAAGAAUGCGUUACGAGCGGCUUACCUAUCCACGAGUAUCCAAGACUACAUCACGUUAGCAUUCGAAGCGCUGGGACCUUCCACUACGUUUUCGGAAGAUUACAAAGUCGCUGUUUAUAAUAACAUUAUCAAUAUUCUUCACAAGAAACCACCAAAUCCGGAGCCCGAUUUACCCGACGAUGUAAAACAUUCUGCGUUAGAUAAGUGGGUAAUGGAUCUCAAUCAAUCAGAACCAAUUGUCUUUACAAUUGACGAUAAUAAUAUGAGUUCGUUUGUAGAAGUUAAGGCCCGAUUCUUGCAAGCAAAAUAUGCUGUUAACUCUACGGUCAGCGUAGAAGUCAUUAUUAGGAAUUCAUAUAGCAAUACUAUAGCGUUUUCUAAAGUAUCGAUAACGAUUGGUAGUCCAGGUUAUAAUUCAGAAUUUACUGUUACUGAUGCUGAAAAUAGUAAUCUUAUUUUUCAUGGAAAAGAAACGAAGAAAUUUCUUCACCAAUUUCAAGCGCCACAGCAAAGCGAUGGUAGCGAGAUACGCAUCACCACUAUUUCAUUAUACAUGGGUAGUGAUACCGUUUGUUGUAUUGUUUUGCGAUUUUCGGCUGUGGGAAGAGAAACAAAUUUUUUGAGUCGAUUGUAUCCUGAAAUACAACAACUUCGCAGAGGAGAAUUUGAAACAAUACAACCGCUAGUCAAUGCAGAAAUAAAACAAGAAGAGUCUAGUCUGAAUAUAAGUGCUGAAUCCAACAACCCAGCACUUUUAGGAGAAUGGCUUCCCAUUCAAAUAUCUGUUGUUGCUAAUGAAAACAUAGUAUCGGCACUUUUAUGCGUGUCACUUGUAUCCGAUGGAGCAAAUGAACAAUCAACUGAAUUAAGUUUAACAAUGCUUAACAAACAGUCGUUAAUAUCGAUACCAAUUGAUAAUCUAGAGAAGAAUUGCAUCACUAAUAAAACUGUAUAUUUAAGAGCCCAUAAAGUUGGCGAUAGAAAUAUUCACAUAAAGGUUGAGUACUCGAGAUCUGAACAAAUAAAAGGAACUAAAGAAUUGACGUAUUCGUUGUCAGUUGCAAAGCCAUUCGAAGUUUUGACAUUAUUUUACACUACAUUUUUCGAACCGCUACCGAAAGGUUUCGUUAACGAACCUUUCAUACUAAUGCCUCACAUUUCUUGCGUUUCUCCGUGGCCUAUAAACAUUAUUAGCACGUCCAUAGAGUUAGGUGAUUCUAUAGAAAAGGAAACUCAAAAUGAAUCGAUUUCCGCUUUAGCGGGUAUUACACUUUCCGAAGGUGAAACAGGUACGGAUUCGUAUUGUUUGUUACCAAAGGGUGGUGGUGAGCAACCUAUGAGUACAGGAGUAUACACCAUCAAAUGGAAACGUGCAAACGACGAGAAUGCAUUAGAAACUAGCAGCAGUGUAACUUUAGCUCCUUUAUGGGUCGAGGAUGCAAUCAUCGGUUUAGAAGCUAAAUUGCCAGCCCAUGGUUGGGUUCGUACGCCGCUACUCGUAUCGUACUUUAUAAAAAAUCAUUCCGAUUAUAUGAUAACAUUGCGAUUGACCAUGGAAGCUAGCGACGCGUUUAUGUUUGCUGGUCAUAAACAAAUCGAUAUUUACAUACUUCCGAAAAAUGAAAGGAAAGUCGAAUGGAUAUUACGGCCACUGGUGGCUGGCUUUGUUCAACUUCCAAGUUUAUCUUUAACAGUUCCUGCUGACGAGGAACACAAAUUAAGUAAAGCGCGACUUCUGGAGGUUAUAGAGCGAUCAUUACCAAGUCACAUAUAUAUCCUGCCAACAUCACAAACCAUAGAAGAGUAAAUGAACCGAUAAGAAGAUAUACAAAUUUCACAACUUCUAUUAAAAUGUAUUAUUGAAACGUUAGAUAUACAUACAUAUAUUGCACAUAAAUCGUAAAUGCAAAAGCAUUUCAUAUUUAGGAUUAUGAAUGUCAUCUAUCAAAUGUAAUUUAUUUAUGUUACUUCAACGUGUAAUAAAAAAUAUUGAAAUAU